AUGGAAGGUUGUAUUAUUCAAGUUAAUGAAGCAGAAAUUCUGAUUAACUGCAAUUGCAAAGAACCCAAUAACCUUUCCUCACAGAAUUUUGUGGACCAAGAUGUGUUGGGACAAGCCCUUGAAGACGCCCUGGAAGUGUUACAGCAGCAGUCGAGUGGUGACUUUGAUUAUGACCCAGUAGAUUAUAACAACUGCUUGACUUAUCAUCACCUUCACAUCAGAACCAAUUCAAGCUAUGAGACAGAGUCAUCCACAGAAAAACCAAUCUAUAGCUGGAAGAAUGCAAAAAAUAUUGAAGCCAACUUAAAUUCAGACUGUGCUGUCUACCAGACCCUGCAGACUGUUCCAGAAACUCAAGAGAUUUGUGCUAUACCUCUUCAGCAAAAAGGAGGCAAAGGCAGAAAAAAACUACGUCUUUUUGAAUAUCUCCAUGAAUCUCUUCAUAACCCAGACAUGGCGAACUGCAUUCAGUGGAUAGAUGAACCUAAUGGUGUCUUCCAGUUUGUUUCCAAAACUAAGGAAAAACUUGCAGAGAUCUGGGGGGAGCGCAAGGGAAACCGUAAGAUCAUGACUUACCAGAAAAUGGCCAGAGCCCUGAGGAAUUAUGGAAAAACAGGAGAAAUAAUUAAAAUCCGGAGAAAGUUGACCUAUCAGUUUGGCUCUGUGGUCCUGCAAAGGCUGUCUCCAGCCUCCUUUCUGGAAAAAGGUGUAGAAGUUGACCAGUAUGGCUGUACUGAUCAAGAGUGUAAUUAUGCAGAUAACUGGCUGUCUUACCACUGUUGUGUUUGCAACAAUAGCCAUGAGCUACACCAGACUAGCAGUAAUAGAAGUCCUUUUAGUUAUGGAUCAGACUAA